AUGGACGAGCCCGGUCCGUCGAGCGAAUACUACCGGCGCUUUGCGGCGCGGGAGGAUGGGCCCAUCCUUCCCCCGCAAAUGCACCAGGACCCCUUCAUCAACCCGUCCGAGACACCCGUGCAGUUUCUCGACAACCAGGCGAACGAUGGCCUCUACGCCAUCCUGAACGUUGACCGCGAUGCGUCCCCGAACGAGAUCAAGGACAGAUACCGCUCCCUUGCGGCGCGCUACCACCCGGACAAGCAGCCGGACGACCAGCGCAGACUCCCGGCGCACCAGCAGUUCCAGAACAUUCAGCGAGCCUAUGAGGUGCUCACGGACCCGGGACGGAGGACAGUGUACGACAUGUUCGGAGAAGAGGGUCUGCGGACGAGCUGGGAGGUCGGACCGAAGAACAUGUCCGCGAGCCAGAUGCGCUCUUUCUUCCUGAGGCAGGGGGAGGCUAAACGGCAGCUGGACGCCGAGCAGCUCGUGAACUCGAAGCGCGUGCGUCCCGGACAGAUCCUCGGCAAGCACAGCUGGGAGACGCCGAUCAACGAGAACACACAGCUGGCGAUCGAGGGCGUGAUGGCUGCCCGAGGACACAAUGGUGGCGCCAACAUUUCCGGAACGAUCAAGCACCAGUUCUCGCCUCGGUUCUGGGGUCAGUACACGCAGGCGUUCCUGGCUCCGCGCAUCGCGACGGCAAAGGGCACGUACACAUUCGACGAGAACACGUACGUGACGGGUCAGGCAUUUGUUCAGACUCUGGCUGGUCCGCCGCGACUGUCCAUGUCGCUCGGCCGGCGGCUGUACGCCUUCACGACGGGAUUCAUCACCUACAACACUGGAUUCUGGGACCUGGGUCCGUGGGGACGGAACAUGGACCCGCGGCUGAAGUUUGCCGACCAGUCGUCGAUGAUGGUCGGCAUGACAAAUGCGAUGAACAAUGGUUCUGGCUGGACGUGCCAGCUCCAGACGGGACAUGCGGAGAACGGUAUCGCGGCCGACUGGACGACGAACGUCAUGGGUCUCCGCGUCAAGCUCGGCGGACAGCUCGAUGUCACGGGAGAGCUCACUGCGUUUGCGGACGCCAUGGGCCGUGUGACUGAGUACACCCGUGCGGGGGCCACGCUCCAGCUCGCCACGUCCGGUGUCCAGCUCAAGCUCUACCUCCGCCGUUUGGGUCAGAAGAUUACGAUCCCGAUCCUGCUGUCUGCCGACCUGAACCCGUACGUGGUGCUCGGUACGGCGGUGCUCCCCGCUGUCUCGUGGGCGGCCGCGUACCACUUCUACGUUCUCCCGAAGAAGCAGCGCGACGUCAAGAACCGGAUCAAGGAGCUCCGCGAGGAACACGCCGAGUACAUCGCGCAGAAGCGGCAGGAGGCGGAGAACGCCGUCCUGCUCAUGGGCCGGAAUGCGGCCUCGCUCGCGGCCAAGGAGAAGGAGCGCGGCGGCCUCGUUAUUCUGUCGGCUCAGUAUGGCCCCGCAUCGGCGUUCUCCGCCAGGGGUGUCAGCGACGACGAGGCCGUCAUCGACGUCACGAUCCCGCUGCAGGCGCUCGUGCAGAACAGCAAGCUCUACAUCCCGGGCGGCAGGAACAAGUUCAACCUCAUGGGAUUCUGGGACCCCUGCAUCGGCGAGAAGAAACGGCUGCGCGUGCGGUACCUGUUCCGUGACGUCGUGCACGAGGUCGAGGUCGACGACGUGUCGCAGCUGCGCGCGCCCGUCAAGGCGCAUGCGCUGGACCAGUGA